AUGCAAUCUCCACGACGAGGGAGUCAACAACGAGUCUCAUUCUCUGGUGCCAGUGGUGGUACUACAACUGAAGGAGAAACCAUGUCAAAUGAAACGUCAACAACUACUCCAAGACGUCGGUCAAGUACGCUCACAAUACCUGAAGGCAAACCGACAUUUCCUCAACCACUCGAAAGUGAAUUGUAUAUCAAUGAAGAUGAUCCACUUACCCUAGAAUGUAUUAUUACUGGUAAUCCAUUACCAGAACUGAUCUGGUUAUUUAAUGAUCGAAAAGUGAUUGUGGGUGAUGGCUAUGAUAGAAAAGUCGAAUCGUUGAAUCCUCACACAUAUCGUCAUGAGUUGAUAAUUGCUGGUAAACAUAAGAAACUAGGUGUUUAUAAAGCUCAAGCACAGAAUACAUUUGGUCAUACAAUCAGUACGUGCCAUGUAAAGAAAUCAGCACAUUCAAUCGAUCAACGACGAGCAGCAUUUGAAGAAGCGGAAUUAGCAGUACCCACGCCACCUGUUCAACGACGACGAUCGAGUGUAACAGCGCCAAAUCUAGAACAAGCGCAACAGCAAGUUACACAAAAACCAACUAUCAUUCAAGGUCUUUCAAAAGUUCAAGUCGAUCUUGGUUCACCUUGUGCAUUGACUUGUAAAUCGAAAUAUGAUACUGCACAACAAUGGACAAAAGAUGGUCAACCAAUUUCAAGUACGAAAUCAGCCGAUGGCAAUGUUUUCACUAAAGUCGAUCGUGCUAAUGAUAGCAAUACACAUGUGCUUAAUAUCAAACAAUUCAGCCAAGAAAACAGCGGAAAUUAUGAAUUAAUAUUGAAGAAUAGCCUUGGAGAUGUUAAAUCGCAAGGCCAAUUGGAAAUGAAAGGUGUACCACCGUCAUUUACUGUUGAACCGAAAACAGCGCAAGCUGUCAAAGGAACUACAGCAGAGUUUAUUUGUCGAGUUGCUGGAAGUCCAAAACCAGAAGUUCAAUGGUUUCUCAAUGGACAAGCUCUACAUUCUGGUGGGAAAAUUUCAGUUGGAGAGGAACGUGGUCUGACGAUUCUUCGAAUCAGUAAUAUUACAGAUCAUGAUAGUGGUACAAUUAAAUGUGUAGUUAAAAAUGCUCUUUCGGAAAUUUCACGUGAAGUUCAAUUACAAAUCAUCGGUGAACAACGUGCGCCGAAAAUACUCGAUAAAUCGAAAUCAACCGAAAUCAAUGCAGGUGAAAGUGCUCAACUAUUUGUUAAAAUAUCCGGUGCACCAACACCGACGGUUACGUGGACACGAAAAGGCAUGGUUCUAUCUUCGAACGAUGUACAUCAAUUGACAAAUGAAAACGAUAUGUACUACUUAGCGAUUAAGAAAGCAGGUGCAGAAGUCAUGGGAACUUAUGUGAUUACAGCAAGCAAUAGCGCAGGAAAAGUUUCCACAGAAAUUGAUCUUAAUGUUGCAGGUUUAAUAACAUUAUUCGAGCGACAGCUUCGUGAUACAUCAGUAACUCAAGGACGCCCAUUGACGCUUGAUUGCGAAGUAAAUAUUAAAAACGGUGUACCAACUAUCGUUUGGAUGAAAGAUAAUCAACCUAUUGUUAAAUCCGAUCGUAUUGUCCCAUCUGUCAAAGGCAAUAAAGUUCAUGUCUUAACUAUUCAAAAAGCGACUCCCGCCGAUGCUGGUUAUUACAGUGUUAAAGCAACGCUUGGCAAUGAGACAAGUGUAUCCGAUGCUCAGGUCAUCAUCGAAGUUGCUCCAUCAUUUGUAAAACUUCCUGAAACUGUCACUGUUGUUGAUGGACAAGAUUGUAAAAUUAAUGUUGAAAUAGCUGGUUUACCACCACCGAAUGUUAAAUGGUCUCAUUUAGCAGAAGACUUGACGACAAAUGAUAAAUAUCAAGUUUCAUCAGAUGGUACAAAUCAUCAAUUACGGAUUCGUCAUGCUACAUCGGAAGAUGCGGGCGAAUAUCAAAUUAUUUGUUCUAAUAAUCUUGGCCGUAUUACUGGUAAAAUCAACGUGCGAAUCUCGUCACCUCCGGUUAUUAUUCAGCCACUAAAAGAUUUGUUUAUUCCAAUUAAACGUACGGCUCGCUUGGAAACGCAAAUACAUGCGUACCCCGAGCCAAAAAUUGUCUGGUCCAAGGAUGCUAUACCGAUUGAUUUUAGUCUUUAUCCUGGAAGAAUUAAUGCUGAAGAACGUCGGGGAACGUAUUCAUUGAGCAUCAAGAAUAUUCAAUUGGAUGAUGGAGGAUUCUAUGUGUGUUCAGCACAGAAUUCACUUGGAACAACGAAAACGUCGGCAACGGUUGUGAUUGAAGUCGCGCCUGUCUUCUUACAAAAAUUAGAAAAACUGGAAGGUGUGGAAAAUUGUGAUAUUGACAUUCGUUUACAAGUUGCUGGUUAUCCAAAACCUAAAUUAGAUUUCGCAUUCAAUCAAAAGCCUAUUGAUUUGAAAGGCCGAUAUUCAUUAAAAGAAUUAAAAUCAGGCUGGUAUGUAUUUACAAUUGCAAAUGCCCAAACGUCGGAUGCAGGUUCAUAUUCGUGUACAGCCACAAAUUCACUUGGACAAGCAUCAAGUGUCGGAAAAUUAACUUUAUUUCCCUUGGCACCACCGAAUUUUACCAAGAGUUUAACGGAUUCUCUCUUUCCUGUUGGAGGAAUCUUGAAAGUCGAUUUGAAAGUCAGUGGUUUACCAUUUCCACGUCUCACGUGGCUGAAAGAUGGUCAAGUGUUCGAUGAAAAUGAUCGUAUAUCAAUUGUAUACGAUGCACCGUCAGCGACAUGGUCAUUGACCAUACAAGAUUGCCAAGAAAGUGAUUCAGGUGUAUAUGAAUGUCGAGCCAAAAAUCCGGGCGGUGAAAAAGUAUCUCAAUGUAAAAUAACUGUCUCAGGCGAAGCAGCAUCGUUCGUUGACACGCCUGAGAAAGUCUCGUGCUUGGAAGGACAAACCGCAGUAUUCGGUUGUCGAGUCGCUGGUGAUCCAUAUCCACUUGUCGUGUGGUCGAAAGGAAAAGCGAAAACUUUUACAGAAAACACAUCAAAAUACGCCCUUUACUAUGAUGAAGAACUUGAUGCACACUUUUUUGAAAUCAAUCAAUGUUCAAAUGCUGAUACAGGUACUUAUACAGUUACUAUACAAAAUGCUCAUAAGACGAUCACAAAGCCUGUGUCAUGCUUUAUCGUCACAAAACCUGAAGAAGUUAUUGAUUACAAGAGUAUUUUACGAAAGAUGGAAGCGAUUGAACGUGAACGUGAACCUGGUCCCGAUUGGGGUCAACUACGAAAAGCCAAAGGUAAACCGAAAGGUCCUGGCAAUCCAGGUUGGCAAUACCAGUUGAAGCAUUUCGAAUUAACCGGCGACGCACAAUUGAAAACAUAUGAUAAAGGUCAAAGUGGGGAUUUAUUGGGUUUAUCACCAACCGACUAUGCUGGACGUCGUGCACGUUCUGGCACAGGUGGUGCUAACGAUUUAGAUGGCGACGAUGGACGUGGAUUAGGUGUACCGAAGUCAGGCGCUGGUAAGGACCGCCGUACAUCACGUCUUGGUCUUGUCACAUUCACUAAGCCACUUUCAAAUAUCACUGUACAUGAAGGCAAAAAUGCAGCAUUCGAAUGUAAUAUCUCCGAAGCUGAAGCGCCCGUCACAUGGUAUAUCAAUGAUCAACCCGUACCUAAUCAACGCGCUCAAACGUUAGCCAUCGGUAAAACACGUCGUCUUGUUUUGAAAGAUUGUCUGCUGAGUGAAAAUGAUUCGAAAAUAACUUGUGCAAUUGAUGAAGCAACGAAAACCAAUGGCCAACUGUUUGUUAAGGAAGAACCAUUCGACUUUACAGACAAACUAAAGAAUUUGAAAAUCAAACGAGGUGAUAAAUGCGAGUUGCAAUGUGCAGUUAAUAAGCCGAACAUUGCGUUACAAUGGUUUAAAGAUGGAAAACCAAUAACGGAUAUUCAAGAAGAAAUCGACGGAUUGGUUCAUCGAUUAGUUAUACCCAAAACAGAAGAUAAAGACAAAGGUGUUUAUACAGCUAAAUAUCAAGAUGCACAAACUGAAGGACACGUCGAAGUUUUAGGUCCACCGCAAAUCGUUAGACCGCCGAUAGAUUCUGUGCUUCUUGUCGGUCAAUCUGUCAUUCUUACUGCUGAAAUCACUGGUGCUCCUAAACCGCAAGUUACAUGGCUAUUCAAGGGUCAACCAAUCAAACCAACAGCGACGAAACAUCAAGUCGAUGCCAAAAAAGAUGGUAUCUAUACACUGACAAUUCUCAAAGGUGAAGCAGCCGAUGACGGUCAAUACACAGUUGUUGCUGAAAAUGCUGUUGACAAAGUUCAAGCCGCUGCUAAAGUGACGGUUUGUACGAAACCAAAAGUAGAUAAACUCGGUGAUGUAUCGGUUAAUAUCGGCGAGACCGCUCGUCUACAAUGUCAAUAUUCUGGUAAUCCAACACCAACCAUCAGCUGGUACAAAGAUGGUAAACCAAUUCCAGCUGACGAUCAGCAGUUUGUUGUUACACAAGAGACCGCAACAUUAUCUGUCUUAACAAUAAACAACACCAGCAUGAACGACAAAGGUGUUUACUCAGUCAAAUUAACAAAUAUCGCUGGUGAAGUCGAAGGAAAAGCGAAUUUGACUGUCAAACCGAUCAAACCAAGUAUUACACGUGAUCUUGAUUCAACUUACACAGGCAUAAAAGGAGAAGAUUUGAUUCUAUCCAUAGCUGGCACUGGAAAUCCAUAUCCAACAUGUCAAUGGUUUAAAAAUAAUACGGAAAUCACUUCGACAACUGAUCAACGCUUCGAAUUCAAAGAGGAUAAGAAAACGAAUGAAUACUUUCUUAUUAUUAAAAAUGCCACCCAAGAAGACAUGGGAGAAUAUCAGGCACAAUUAACCAACGCUGCUGGCUUGAUCAAAUCGAAGAAGAGUAAAAUUACCAUACAAAAACAGCCAACAUUUGUCAAAAAACCGCAAUCAAUUACUGUCAAUCAAACUGAAACGGGAAAAAUCGAAUGUCAAAUCGAUGCACUACCACAAGCAAAAGUCACAUGGUUAGUCGGUGGUAAACCAGUUUCACCAAAAGAAGGUUAUGAGACAACAUUCGAUACCAAGACAGGUACCGCAACAUUAUCAAUAAAAAAUGUCACCACAAAGCAUGCUGGCCCGAUCACUGUUCGAGCUGAGAAUACUGCUGGCUCCGCUGAAGAAACUGCUGAUAUUAACGUUCGUUCGGCACCUCUUCUUCUCAAACCAUUAACAGAUACCGAGGUUGUCGUUAAUAAUUCAGCGACAUUUACAUGCGAAUUUCAAGCAUCACCACAAGCAACUGUUAAAUGGUUUGUCAACGGUAAACCAAUAACACCAUCACCAGAUAAAUACGAUAUUUCAUACGACACAAAAACUAAUCAACAUAAACUUAUUGUAAAGAGUACAAGUUUAAAUGACAAUGGAACAUAUAGUGCACAAGCAUCGAACGAUCUUGGGCAAAUUCAAACCGAGGCGAAACUGAAUGUUAUCAAUGGGCCUGAUUUCAUUUCUGGUCUACAAGAUAAAACCGUCAUUGAAAAGGAAACAGUUGAAUUAGUUGUUAAAGUUACAGGUACGCCACAACCCACGUUAACUUGGUUGAAGGCAGGCAAAGAAAUCAAACCGGACGACAAGAAAUAUUCAGCUGUACCUGUUGACAAAGAUGGGAAUGCGAAAUUGAUCAUAAAAGAUAUCCAUGAAGAAGAUCAAGGUUUAUAUUCAUGCGUAGCGAAGAAUAAAGUCGGAACAAAUCAAACAGAUGGUCACUUGAAAGUUACAGCACCAUUGAAAUUCAUUCAACCACUACAAGAUACAGAUGUGCUCACCACACAAAAUGCAGUGUUAACGUGUGAAGUUCAGGGUAUACCGAAGGCCAAUGUCAAAUGGUUUUUCAAUGAUAUCGAAUUAAAAUCCACACAGAAACAAGCGAUAUCAUCGAAACAAAACGUUCAUUCAUUAACAAUCAAUCGUACUGAUCAAACUGAUGCUGGUGUUUACAAAGCUGUCGCUGAUAAUGGUACCGGUAAAACAGUUGAAACCUCAUGUACUUUAAUUGUCGGAAGUAAACCAAAAGUUGAAGGCAAACCCGCUGAUAUCACAGUUAAUGUUGAACAACCCGCAGUUCUCGAAUGUACAUUUUCUGGUUUUCCCAAACCAGAAGUCACUUGGUACAAGGAUAAUGUCCCGGUGACCUCUGAUCAACGCGUAACCAUUCAUGAAGACAAGCCAAACGUUCAUUCGUUGAAAAUUGCUCGCUCGCAAAUGGAUGAUAAAGCCACUUAUACUUGUAAAGCUAAAAAUCGUUUUGGUGAAGUUGAAGCAAAAAUGAAUCUAACUGUUAAUUCAAUCAAACCGACGAUUGUUCGUGAUCUAGAGGAACAACAAAUUGUUGAAAAAGGCAAACCAUUACAACUUCAAGUAGAAAUUACUGGUUUACCUCAACCGCAAGUCAAAUGGUACAAAGGUAAUGAGGAAAUCAAUCCAGCAACGAAUAAAGAUUAUCAAAUCACAUAUGACAACAAACAAACAUACACAUUAACUGUGCAAAAUUGUUCUCCGGAUCAUCAGGCGGAGUAUUCUGUACAAGCAACGAAUCCUGGUGGAACAGUCAAGUCGAAAAAAGCGAAAGUCAUUGUUCAGAAGAAACCAGAAUUCGUCAAACUGCCGCAAUCACAAACAGUAAAAGAAGGACAAAAUGUUGUAUUCGAUGCACAAAUUGAUGCUUAUCCACAACCGAAAGUGACAUGGCUCAAAGAUGGCAAACCUUUAACAUCCGAUCUUGGCUUUGAGAGUCAGUACGAUGCUAAAACUGGUCAAAUCACAUUGAAACACAAAGGCGCAACUCCUAAACAAGCAGGUGAACUUAUUUGUCGAGUGGAAAAUUCUGCUGGCACAACCGAUGCACCGGUCACACUUGAUGUUCAAACUGUCCCAGUGAUGACGAAGAAAUUAACUGAUCAAGAAGUUAUGAUUGACAAUGAAAUCCGUUUUGUUGUCGAUGUAAAUGGUUCUCCAACACCGAAAAUAACUUGGACUAAAGAUGAUCAACCAAUCAAACCCGAUGCCGAUCAUAUUAUUGAAUCGACUGGUACGACACAGACUCUGAUUAUUAAAAAGGCUAAAGCAACAGACGAAGGAAAAUAUCGUGUGUCAGCUGAUAAUCCUCUCGGUCAUGUGGAGUCUACGGCGCAAUUAACUGUUCUUGAACAGCCACUUGUCGACCAACCAUUUGGUGAUAUUACACAACCUGUUGGCUCUGAUGUUACUCUUAAAUGUAAAGUCAUCGGUGGACGACCAAAAGCUACCGUAACAUGGUUGAAAAAUGGUAAAGAAUUUAAACCCGAUGAUCGACAUAAAGUCACCGCACUGCCUGAUGGCACAUGUGAAUUAUCUAUUAAAUCACUGGAUGAAACUGAUAAUCAGGAUAAAUACACAUUAUUGAUCAAGAAUAAAGUUGGACAAAAAGAAAUUAGUUCAACAAUAACCGUCAAAGCGCCGCUGGAGUUUGUCCAGCCAUUGAAGGAUCAAGAUGUUUUGUCACAAUCACCAUGCACAUUAACUGUCGAGACGAACGGUAUACCAAAACCAACGGUGAAAUGGUAUUUUAAUGAUCAAGAACUGAAAAAUACUCCAAAGACUAAGAUCGAUUCGAAACAAAACACCCAUACAUUAACAUUACCCAAAGCUGACUUAACUGACGAAGGCGUCUACAAAUGUGUCGCUACGAAUCCAGACGGUACCGUUGAAACAAAAGCACAUGUGUCUGUUUGCACUAAACCAAAAGUGGAAGGUAAAGUCAACGAUGUGACUGUGCAAAUCACCGAACCAGCGGAAUUACGUACGAAAUUUAGUGCCAUACCAAAACCAACAGUGACUUGGUUUAAAGCAAGCGACAUGAACACUCCAUUGAAGCCGAAUGAAAAUAUCGAAAUUAGUGAAUUGCCUGAUGGUACAAGUAUCUUAAAACUCAAAAAGACGGACCUCACUGACAACUCAGCGUAUAUUGCCCGUGCGACAAAUAGAGUCGGCGAAAUCGAUUCAAAGAUAAACUUAAAUGUCAAGGAAAUCAAACCGCAAAUUUUAUCUGAUCUAAGCAAUGUUAGUGCUACUCGCGACCAACCAGCUGAAUUCAGUAUUAAAGCAACUGGAAAUCCUCAACCGAAUAUUCAUUGGUUCAAGAAUGAUACCGAAGAGAUUCUUCCGACGAAUAAAGAUUAUGAAAUCAUACACGAUACUCCGUCCAAUACAUACAUUUUGAAAAUCAAUAAAUGUAAACCAGAACAUCAAGGUGAUUAUUCAGCAGUCAUCUCUAAUUCCGGUGGAACUAUCAAAUCGAAAAAAGGCAAAUUAACGGUGACCAAAUCACCAGAAUUUCUCGAAAAACCAAAACCAGUCGAUGUGAACGAAAACCAGCCAGCUGAAUUUCGUACGAAGAUUGAUGCCUAUCCAGUACCGAAAAUCACCUGGUUAUUUGACGGAAAACCGAUUACGCCUAAGGACGGCUUUGAUGUGCAAACUGAUCAAGCGACUGGUUUAUCAGUAUUGACAAUUAAACAAGCUACGCCGAAACAUGAUGGAAAGAUUACGGUAAAAGCUGAAAAUCCAGCUGGAGCAAUCGAAGAGACUGUGCCAUGUUCAGUUAAGACGGCACCAAAGAUUACCAAGAAACCAACAGAUACCGAAGCUUUAUUACAUACUGAUGCAGUCUUCACUGUGGAUGUUUCCGGAGCGCCAAAACCAGAAAUCGAAUGGACUCAUGGUGGUAAACCAGUAAAGCCAUCGAAGAAGUAUGAAAUUAUUGAAGAAUCUCCAACAACAUCGAAAUUAAUCAUUCACGAUGUCACGCCUGAAGACGAAGCGCCCGUGGAUAUCAAAGUGAAAAACCCACUUGGUGAAACGGCGACAACCGUCCAAUUGAAAGUAUUAGAAACACCACGAAUCGAACCACAAUUAACGGAUAAAGAAGUGACAUUGAAUCAACCGUUGGUUCUUAAAGCCAACGUUCAUGGUCGACCAAAAGUCGAUAUUCAAUGGUUGAAAGAUCAAAAACCAUUGACACCAUCUGAUCGUGUUAAAAUUGAACGCAUUGGUGACGAGUGUAUUCUAACUGUUCCGAAUGUGAAAGAAGAAGAUAUGGGUGCAUAUACAUUGUCAGUGAAAAACAAAGUUGGCAAAGUCGAUUCGACAGCUAAUGUCAACGUGACUGCAGCAUUGAAGUUCAACAACCAAUUGAGUGAUUUAGAUAUCAUUCAAGGUUCGAAUGGCGUUUUAACUGUUGAAUGCGAAGGUGUACCCAGACCGAAAUUAACUUGGUACUUCAAUGAUACGGAAAUCAAACCGAACCAGAAGACUCGUGUUGAUACGAAAGGUCCUCUUAGUACAUUGACUAUUAACAAAGCGGAUAUGCCUGAUAUUGGUGUCUACAAAGUCGUCGCCGAUAAUGGAAAGGAAAGAAUUGAGACAAAAUCGAAUGUCGACGUUUGCACUAAACCAAAAGUUGAAGGUAAACCUGCUGAUGUCUCGUGCUUGUUGACUGAAACAGCUAAAUUGAAUGUCAAGUUUUCUGCUAUACCGAAACCGGUCAUAACUUGGCAUAAAGCUGAUGGUACCGAAGUGAAACCUGAUUCACGUAUUCAAAUAAUAAACGAUGAAAAUGGACAGUCGACAUUGGUUAUCAAUGAUACAACAACACAAGAUUCUCAACCAUACACAGCACGUGCAACUAAUAAAGCUGGAUCCGUGGAUGCCAAGGUCAAUUUGACUGUUAAAGAAGUGAAGCCGUCGUUGAAGAAUGAUUUAGAACCGCAAACAAUCAAUGUAGGUGAUGAACUUGUUUACCGUCUUCUUCUCGAUGGUCGGCCGACACCAACGGUGAAAUUUUACAAAGAUGGAAAUGAAGCUGGUCCCGUUACAAUCGAACAGCCAACAAAACCAGGUGAUACAACUGUCACCGCUGUUCUCCGCAUUCCUAAGGCAACGAUCAAUGAUCAAGGUGAAUACCAAGCUACGAUUGAAAAUCCUGCUGGUGUUGUCAAAACGAAAAAAGCGAAAGUCACCGUUCAGCAAGUUCCCGUCUUUGUCAAAGCGCCUGAAGACGCAUCCGUGGGUGAAGGCAAAGAUGUUACAUACGAAGCGCAACUCUCCGGAUUUCCUGUACCGAAAGUGACAUGGCUAUUGAAUGGUAAACCAUUGACACCCAAUGCCGAUUGCACUAUUGCAUUCGAUACGCCGACACAAAAGACAACAUUAAUAUUGCGAAAAGUGGAUGCGACAAAGCAUGCGGGAGUUGUUACAUGUCAAGUAGAAAAUCCUGCUGGUAAAGUAACACACGACGUUAAACUCGAUGUUCGUACAACACCGAAGAUAGGUAAACCAUUAAAAGACGAAAGCGUUGUGCAAGGUCAAGAUGUUACUUUGUCGAUCGAAGCUACCGGCAAUCCAGCACCCAAACCGGAAUGGUAUUUUAACGGUAAACCAAUUCCAGCAAAUGAUCAACGUUUUCAAGUAAUUACACCCAAAGAAGGCAAUGUAUACGAACUAAAAAUUAAGCAAACUAAACCAACUGACGAAGGUGUCUACAAAGUUCUGAUGAAAAAUAGCGAAGGUGAAAUAACAAGUGAAGCUAAAUUAAAUGUUCAUGUUGCACCUGUUAUCGGCUCUCUACCGGCUAAAAUCGAAGGUGUGCAAGGUCAACAAGUCGUUAUUCCAUGUAAAGUAUCUGGUCACCCUAAACCAGAAAUAACUUUCUUGAAGGACAAAAAAGAUGUCACAACAUUAGAGGAUAAAGCACGCUUUCGUAUUGAACAUGACGAAAAGACAGAUGAAGUUCGUUUGAUUAUCUCCGAUGUCAAAGAAGAAGACCAAGGCAAGUACACAAUUCGGGCAAAGAAUCCUGCUCAAACAGUCGAAGAACAGACGAACCUUGUUGUUACCGCUCCUCUAGCAUUUGUCGACAAAUUGGAAGACACGGACGUUAUCAGUGGACAAAAUUUGGUUUUAAGCUGUCGUUGCCAAGGCAUUCCUAAGCCAACAAUUAAAUGGUUUCAAAACGAUGUUGAAAUUAAAUCAACAACAAAACAAAAGAUUGAAUCGAAACCUGACGGCACACAGACGUUAACCAUCAAUCGCGUUGAUUUAACUGAUGGUGGGCAAUUCAAGAUUGUGGCAACGAACCCACAAGGUACAGUUACAUCAGCAUGUAACGUGAAUGUUGUCAUGAAACCGAAAAUUGAUACAAAGCCACAAGAUAUUCAAGUCACUGUUGGUGAACCUGCUGAAUUAAACGUUAAAUUAUCAGGCAUACCAAGACCGCAAAUUCAAUGGCUGAAGAAUGGCCAACCAUUGACGAUUGACAAUAAACGUAUCAAGACCAUCGACAAGGAUGAUGGCUGUUCAUUAAUUAUUGACAGUACUCAACUCGACGAUAAGGCGACAUAUACAUGUCAAGCAACAAAUAGUGCUGGUACAGCAGAUGUGAAAUUGAACCUUAAUGUUCAACAAAUCAAACCAAGUCUCAAAUCGGACCUCGCCAAAGAUAUCAGCGUGCAAGCCGGAGAAACAGUCCCAUUGACAAUUAAAGCGGCUGGUACUAAGCCAAAAGUCAAAUGGUAUAAGAAUGGCGAAGAGAUUAUCGAAACUGUUGAGGAAAGCUACGAAAUUGUUGAAGAAGAAGAAACAUAUACGUUAUUAAUCAAAAAUGCUAAACCAAAAGAUAGUGGUGAAUAUCAGGCAAUUGUCACCAAUGAUGUCGGUGAAGCUAAAUCGAAGAAAAUCAAAGUACUCGUUCAAAAGGCACCAGAAUUGAAAAAGAAGCCACAAGCCUUAGUAACUGUGAAAGAAGGUCAGCCAGCUCAAUUCGAUUGUGAAUUUGAUGGAAAUCCCGCACCUAAAGUGACUUGGUUACGUGAUGGUAAACCAGUAACACCGAAGGACGGUUUCGAAGUCAAGACCGAUACAGCAACAGGCAAGAGUGUAUUGACAAUUAAUCAAGCAACACCUAAACAUGCUGGUCCGAUCACGUUACGUUUGGAAAAUUCGGUUGGCGAACCGAUUGAAGAAGUUGUUCAAUUACAAGUUGAAACGGCACCGCAAUUAUUACAAAAACCACAACCGACAUGUGAAGCACAUGUUAACCAAACAGCAACGAUGCUCUUCAAAUGUUUAGCAGCACCUAAACCAACAGUUAAAUUAUAUAAGAAUGAGAUACAAAUUCCACUGAAUGGUGACCAUUACGAACUUGUUCCGAGUCCAACUGAUUCUACAACGUAUGAAAUUAAGAUAAAGAAUGUUCGACCUGACGAUGAAGGUAACUAUCGUAUCGACAUUGAGAAUCCUCUCGGCAAAACAAGUGCCAAUGUUCAAGUUACAACUGUUGAUGAUGUUUCUAUUAAACCAUCAUCGAAACCGAAUAAAACCGACUUGAAACAACAUGAAACUUUAGUACUUGAAUAUAUUGUCGACGGUAAACCAAAACCGGAUAUUGUCUUUAUGAAAGAUGGUAAAGAAGUCAAACCAUCGCCGAAAACGCAAAUAACAUACGAUGAGAAGACGAAAGUUUGCCGAUUAGUUACGACCGAUGUUGGACAAGAUGAUCAAGGUACUUAUACAUUAAUUGCCAAGAAUAAAUUAGGUGAACAAAAAACUGAACCUAUUAAAGUCACAGUCACGGCACCAUUGGUUGUUAAGACAAAGCUACCUGAAACAACGGACGCCGUUGCGGGUGAACCGACAAUAUUGACUGUUGAAGCUGACGGUCUUCCACAACCAAAAGUGACAUGGCUGUUCAAUGGUCAACCAAUCAAACCUUCACCUAAAUACAAGAUCGAAACAUCCAAAGAUAAUCCAAAUCAAACUGUAUUGACAAUUCCGAAAUCUGACACAGUGGACACUGGUAAAUACACAGCAAUUAUUGAUAACGGUCUAGAAAAGGUUGAAACAAGUACAACAUUAACGGUACAUACGAAGCCGAAGUUAGAAUCGAAACUCGAACCAAAUAUGACUUAUAACGUUGGUGAUCAAGCUGAAAUACCGAUACGUCUCAGUGGAGAGAAUAAUACCGUGACAUGGUAUAAAGACUCAAAAGAAAUCCAGUUCGACAAUCGCAUACGGCUCGUUACAAAUGAAUACAAUUCAUAUAAACUAGUGAUCGAUGAUUUACGCACUAACGAUAAAGGUACUUACUCGAUGGUAAUCAAAAAUAAGGGCGGUGUCUUAGAAAUCAAGACAGUACUAAAUGUUAAAGAAGAAAAACCACAGUUAUUAGCCGAUUUGAAUGAUUCGCCAACUGCGAAUACGGCGAAGAUUGGUGAAAAAUUCUUCUUGGAAAUUCGUGCACAAGGCAAACCCCGACCGAAGGUUAUUUGGCUACUGAAUGGACAAGAAUUAUCUGACAAUUCACCUGACUACGAAUUGGUUGUUACAGAAGAUGGCAUCUAUCGUAUUGUAUUUCAUCAUUUUGACGAACGAUACCUUGGCGAAUAUCAAGCAAUCAUCACCAGUACGGCCGGCUCUAUUCGAACACGAGUCAUUCGAGUUGUUGGCCAACAGGCGCCGAUCUUCACGCAAGCUCCACCGAAAUUCAUACAAAUCAAAACAGGCGAACGAUUAACCAUCGAAUGUAUGGUCAAAGGACAUCCACCACCGAAAAUCACUUGGUUACGUGAUGGCAAAGUUCUUUCCAAUAAGGAUGGCUUUGAUAUUCAAGUUGACGAGAAGACUGGUCGUUCAAUAUUUAUUAUUCCACAAGCAACGGUUAAACAUUCAGGCAAGUACGAAUGCAAAGUUGAAAAUCAAUACGGUACACACACAGCUGAAAUCAAUAUCGAUGUUCUUCCACCACCGGUUACUCAACAGAAACUGAAAGACUUCGAUGUAUCUCGUGGACAAGAAGUAACAAUUACAGUUACCGCCAACGGUUCACCUUUACCUGCAUGUACAUGGUUCCACGAUGAUAAACCACUGCAAGCCAAACCAAAUCGCAUCAUCAUGAUCGAUGAAGGACCGAAACAUAUUUUGAAAUUACUUGAUGUCGAAGUAACUGACGCAGGAAUGUACAAAGCUGUUGUAGAAAGUGCUGUGAGCAUAACUGAAUUAAUAAGUAAAGUUACUGUUCGAGACGUUUCCGAUGAAUCAUCCGUACCAGUUGAAGUACGUGUGAGUGAAGGUGGUUCAUGUACACUCGAAUGCCAUGCACCAGGUUCACCAUUACCUCAAGUGACAUGGUCAAGAGAUGGUCAACAAAUACAAGCGAGUGAACAUUUUGUUUGUGAAUCAUCGGAAACUGGUACACAUCGUUUAAUUAUCAAAAAUGCACAAUACGCUCACGCUGGUAGAUAUGUAGCCAAUGUCAAGCACAAAGUACAAACGCAUUUCAUGAACUUCAAUGUCACAGUCACAGAACGCAAACCAGGAACAUCUGCGACGGCGACCAUCAAUUUAACCGGAUUGACUCCUGAACAACAAGUUCAACAAAUUCAAACACAAGUUCGUCCACUAUUCCUUCAUUUCGGUUUACAAGAUAUUCCUCCAUCGUUCAAUGACAUUCUCUUCAAUAUGACUCAAGACAAGAACUUCAUAACACCACAGGAUCAAUUGAAAGAACGCGACCGUCUGUUAAACGUUCUCUCCAACUAUCUGUAUCAAAAUUCCAAUCAACAAUUAGGCCGUGGCAAGAAGCUGAACUGGCCCGAAGUAGUCAAAAUUAUCUUCUACAAUAGGUUUCCACAAAUUGCACAAACCAAUCCGAUUGUUGAUUCACCAGAUGGGUACAGCGUUCAAAUGAAUGAUCUCAUCCAAUAUUCGAAAUAG